GCAGCAGCAGCGGCAGCAGAGCCGGUCGCGCCCGCACCGGAGCCAGUGCAGCGGGCCGAAGUCUUGGGCUGCCCUGAGGAGGCGUCUUCUGCCAGCCGCUCUGUCCCCCAGGGCCCAUCCAUGGGCAGCUCCAAUGCCGCAGGUGCCCUGGCGAAUGGGACCGGAGAUGGAUAGCCCCCCCAAGCUGACAGGAGAAACACUGAUCGUUCACCAUAUUCCGCUGGUGCAUUGCCAGGUGCCGGACCGGCAGUGCGGCAGCACCACCCAGCGCACCAACCCUUUCUUUCCCUUCGACCUGGGGGUCAGGCGGGCCAGUUCGCUCCCCGAGAAGACCCUCCUGCACACAGACUCGCUGGUCUACAGCAGCCUCCUCAGAGCUUCCGACGGGGCUCCGGAAGAGGAGCCGGUGGGUGGGCGGAGCCCUUCUCCAACACUGGCUGUCCCUGCAGCCCCCCGGCGGCAGAACCCCUUCCUGCUGAAGGACGGCGAGGCCUGGGAUCUCUCUGAGGACGACUCGGAGCAGAAGUCCUUCCACCUGCACGAUGGCCGGUCCGCCUUCCGCCUGCACGAGCCGGCGCUGCCCCCCUUCCAUCUGCACGGUAGCAGCCCAGUGGUGAGGCCCUGGGAUGGCGGCCAGCGGGGGGACCCGGUGGAAGGCCACGCUGGCCUGGCAGCCGAUGAGGACGCUCAGGACAAGGGCUACCUGGUGGCAGAAUGCAUGGAGCUAGACGAGUACAGCUGCCACCGUGGGGACCCCUCCAGCCUCUCCCUGGAGCAGGAGUGGGCCAGCGAGUCAGAUGAGCUGAUGAACAACCCGGAGGCCGCCCGCAGCCGGACGUGCAGCUGCUCCACCUCCGAACUGCAGCGCUGCCGGUGCUACAGCCUCUCGAGCCAGUCGGAGCCCCUGGACCAGCAGAUGGGCUAUGUCAGUGACUCCUCCUGCAACAGCUCCGACGGCAUCCUGGUCAACUUCAGCACCCUCUACCAGAGGCGGCACGGCCACCCUCACACCAACCUGAACUCGGGCCCCUUGUCCUGCGACUCCUCUUCGGGCAGCCAGUCAGACGUGGCCGCCUUUUACCUUGACCUGCACUCCUCUUCCCACGAAUCCAAGAUGCCCGGAGAACUGCAGGAUCUGGAGGGGCCGGGGAAGUCCUGCGGGUGCCACCACCCUUCCUCCCCUGUCCUGGACGCCAACUGCAACUCCUACCCACCGCUCUGCGAUCCCUGCCCGUCCGAUGGCUCUGACCUGACCGCCUGCUUCCAGAGCCAGGCGCGGCUCGUGGUGGCCACCCAGAACUACUACAAGCUGGUGACGUGCGACUUGUCCUCCCAGUCCUCCCCCAGCCCCCCCGGCUCCUCCAUCACCAGCUGCUCUGAGGAGCAGGCCAGGGGCAGCCCCCUCCAGCCCACCGAGUACUACCUCUUCCAGAGACCUGGGGAGAGUGACACGGAGGGGUCCCGGGAGGAGGGGUCCCAGGAGGAGUCGGAGAAGAAUGCCAUCGAAGGACAGGUCUACAUCAACGUCUCCCCGCCCAGCCUGGCCGCAGGCAGGCAGCGCUCACGCAGCUACGACCGCCACCUGGACCGCAGCAGCCCCUCCAGCCGGCUGGGCUCCCUGGAGCGCAUGCUGAGCUGCCCGGUCAAGCUGAGCGACAGCCCCUCCUUGGCCCUCCAGAGCUCCCCUCCCAAGCGAGUGACCUCCUUCGCGGAGCUGGCCAAGGGCCGGAAGAAGAACGGCUCCUCGCCGCCCAUUCGGACCAGCCGGGACUCGUCCCUGGAGUUCUCGCCCAUCCCCGAGGGCCAGAGGGACAGCUCCGUCUUUCUGGAGAGCCGGGAGGGGCACAGCCAGACCCUCCCAGCCCUGCCCUUGGCGGGCUCCGAAGGGGAAGAUGCCAGGAGAGCCGCCGCCUUCAGGGAGGUGCCCACCUGUGGUCAAGAGGAGGACGAACCGCUCUUUUUCUCUGCCGUGUCAGAGACGGGGGCUGGCGGCAGCAUCUUUGGCCAGAAGGAGAUUCGAGCCCGAGCUGAUGGUGGCGCAGCGGAUAGCAAGGUGGUCCGCUACAGCAAGGACCAGCGCCCGACCACCUUGCCCAUCCAGCCCUUCGUCUUCCAGCACCACUUCCCCAAGCCGAUGAAGGGCCGGGCCCUGCACAGCCAUUUGGCCUCCAGCCUCUCCCAGCUCUACAGCCUCUCGGCUGCCACGGCCGCUCGCCCGGCCAGCCGACUCCCCUCCUCUGCUUCCCAGUCCUCCACCUCCACCGAGGGGCCGGGGGGCCACAGCCAGCGUUCGGCCGAUGGGGCGGUUUCCCUGGGCGAGGGCCCUGCCAAGAGGGGGCCCGGGCCAGAGACCACCCGCCUGUCCCCGCUGGGCAGUUACUCUCCGGUGCGCCACCACGUGCCUUUCUUCCAAAGUGGGGGGGAGCCCUCCUCCUGCUCGCCCACCCCGGAGACGCAGCCCCCCCGCAGCAAGUCCUGUCCGGUCUCUGCCAACCUCCUGCCCAGCACCAAAGCUUCUCCAGAUGCUGCCAGCUGUGCCACCCAGGGAGCCCCGGGGGCCGGGGUCCUGCAGAAGCAGAGCAAGAGCCCCUCGCUGGUGGCCAAGAAGAAGGAGCCCCCCGGCCCCCCUGCACCCCCGGCCAAGGACCGGCUCCCCGUUGGCUCCCUCCAGCCGUUGUUGUCCGGUGGCUGGAGCCUGGCCAGAGCGGAGAGCCACAGUGAACCCCACUGGAAGAUGGGGUGCAGCGAGGCUGCCAGUUUCAACUCCUCGGGUGGUGGCAUCCCCCGGCCCCUCAACGCCAACCACCUCUCUCUGCAAGCCCUGAAGUGGCGGGAGUACCGACGGAGGAACCCCUUGGGGCUGGACCACAUCUCGGACCUGGCAGGACUGACCGGCCACCUGGACUGGAAGCAGCCAGAGAGCAAGCCGCCCUGGAGGAACCCUCUGCUGGAGAUGCCGGCCGGCCACUCCAGACCCCGACUCCACGGACCGGCGGUGAAAGAGCCACUCCAAAGCUUUCCUGACUUCUUCCCGGACUGUUUCUCCUUGGCCGAGAAGCCACCGGCCGAGUUCUGCCUCUCCCCGGACGGCAACACCGAGUCCAUCUCCGUCGAUCUGCUGCAGAAGAAGGGUCUCAUCAAAGCGAUCAACAUGUCCGUGGACCUCAUUGUGGCCCAUUUUGGGACCAGCAGGGAUCCCGGAGUGAAGGCCAAACUGGGGAACAGCUCAGUGAGCCCUAAUGUGGGGCAUCUCGUCCUGAAGUACCUGUGUCCGGCCAUCCGGGACGUCCUGAGCGACGGGCUCAAGGCCUACGUGCUGGACGUGAUUGUUGGCCAGAGGCGGAACGUCCCCUGGAGCAUUGUGGAGGCCUCCACGCAGCUGGGGCCCUCCACGAAGGUCCUGCACAGCCUCUACAGCCGUGUCAGCCAGUACCCGGAGCUCACCAGCCACAGCAUGCGCUUCAACGCCUUCAUCUUCGGCCUCCUCAACAUCCGGUCCCUGGAGUUCUGGUUCAACCACCUCUACAAUCACGAGGAUGUGCUGCAGGCGCACUACCAGCCCACGGGCUUCCUGCCGCUGGCGCACGGGCCCUGCCAGGGCCUCUUGGAGGAGCUGCUGCUGCUGCUCCAGCCCCUCUCCCUGCUGCCCUUCGGCCUGGACCUGCUCUUCGAGCACCACCUGCUGCAGGAGGGCAGGUGGCAGCAGCGGCAGAAGGAGCUCCUGCGGGGCCAGCAGGGCCUGCUGCUCUCCGCCCACUCCACCCUGCAGCUCAUGCGCACCCGGGGCGCCCAGCAGGCGGGCGAGGGCUCCCGGGGCCCGGCCCCCCUGGAGAGACCGGCGGAGCCCAAGGGGGCCCCGGAGCUGAAGAAGGACAGGCAGGCCAGCUGGUGGCUGCAGCUCACCCAGAGCUCCCAGGUCUACAUCCAGGGCUCCCCGGAAGGCGCCCGCCUCGCCCACCCAGAGCGCAGGAAGAGGGCGGGGGCCAGGUGGGCAGAGGCCGGGAGGGCCCCUCCCCCGAGAGAAGGGGUGGUGGAGGGCGCAGAGGCCUGCCCCCCCACAGAAGCCCCCCCAGUCCCGGAGAGGCUUCCGGCCGAGGAGGCAAAGCCGCCCUGGAAGUCAGGCGCUCCGGCCGGGGAGGAGGGCAAGGAGAAGGGCCGGCCCUUCUGGAUGGGCAGCCCCCCGGAUGCCGUGCUGGCGGAGCUGAAGCGCAGCAGGGAGCAGGACCAGGCGGCGGCCCCAGGGAAGGAGCAACCCACCCCCCGCGUCCCCAGCGGCGGCCAGCCCAAGUGGGCACACCUCUUCGGAUCCCGCCAGGCGCCCAAGGAGCCCAAGCAGGCCAACAGGCUGCCCUCCGGCUGGCUGAGCCUGAACCGCUCCGUCUUCCAGCUGAUGGCCCAGACGGUGGGCGCCAGUGUGUGGCGAGAGGACCAGGCGGCUCCCAAGCAGCUGCCCGCAGCCGAAGGCCAGCCGUCGGAUGGCAGGGCCCACCCCAGUGCCCCAUGGGCGGUGAAGGGCCUCUGCCACCACAGCGCCACCGAGGCCGGGCAACUGAGCUUCAAGAGGGGAGACAUCCUGCGGGUGCUGAGCAGGGUGGACGCCGACUGGCUCCGCUGCAGCCGCCGGGAGGGAGCCGAGAGCGGGCUGGUGCCCAUCAUGUACGUCACCCACCUGGAGGAUGCUGAUUAUUGAUGGGCAGGGGAUCCCUGGUGGUGCCCAGAGCCGUGCCGGCCCACAGGCCCCUCGCCAAGACUUCUCUUGCCUGCCCUGGGCAGUGGGGGGGGGGCUGCUCCUCUCUGCCGGGGCCUCCUGUGGCCAAACGUUCCUGUGCAUGCGCCUCUCCCUCUUCCCCGUGGCCCCCACGCCUCGUCCGAACCGAAGUAGAGCCCCUCUGAAGGGCCACCAGGGCCCCGGAAGGCCUGCUCCAGACUUGGGGGGGCUGUGUGCUAACCUGUAUUAAUGCUGGGCAGGGGGAGGGGGGAGGGGAGGCGCCGGUGGGAGCAGCUCGGCCUCUCUGCAUGCAGGCAGGUGGGGCCAGUCGCAGACGGUCUCUGCAGGAGCAGCUGUCCCGCCAGCGGUCCCACCGAGGGUGGAUGCUUUGAAGCCAGAAGGGCCCCCAGGGCACAGGCCAGCGGGGGUCGGUGGGACCUCACGCCACUCGAUGGGGAGAGGGUGUCUUUUGUGUGGGAGGGGUCAGAGCCUGGGUUGUAUUCUGCCCCCCAGCGGUUGGGGAAGGGGGCUCUCCCCCCCCCCCAGCCAGAGGGCAGUGCCAGUCAGUAUUUGGGGCUGGGCUGGGUGGGGCUUUCGCCUGCCCGCCCCGCCCCCUCGAAGGACCUGGUGAGAAUGCAGGAGUCGGUCCUGCCAGGGGUGUGAGGGUGGCGCCAUCUUUAAUUUAUACUUCCGGCGUUAGAACAGGGUGUCUCGCCUUUAUUUAUUUCUUUAUUUAUGACACGUAUUAAUAAAAAAGGUGCUGAUUACAAGCUCCCUCGGCAGCCUGAUGAUUCCCCCCCCCCAGGACCCCUCCCACCUACACAAUUUGAGCUGUCUUGAUGCGUCGUUCAGAAGGAUCUGGCUGGGCUGGUGGUCCU